UUUUCCGCACACAUGUCAAAGAUAUGUGUCAAAGUUUUCACCUGGAACUGUGUUAUUGGCUAUUUUAAUUGUUAAUAAAAGAAAGAGAACAAUAGAAAAGGGCGCCUGGCGAAGGAAGAAAAAUAUCAUGCACACGUCGCCAAACGUUAUCAGUCUUUAAUACCGUUAAAUUGGCAUAUCCGAAAUGUGUGGUUAUGUUAUCAUUCCCCAGAUUCCUCAAUAUUAUUGUUAAGUAUUAGUAGUAGCUAAGGUAAAUAGAAGAGCUGAAAAUGUUUCCGCGCAGCUAUAGCCUAGCGAAGCAGCUGUGCCACAAGUGCGAAUACAGCUGUUUAGUGAAUUUCCGCGUAGCGAAACGUAAUUAUGUAGUAUAUGAUAAGUAUUUUAAUCUAGCCAAAUGUCUAAGGCGUAACUUGUCCAGUACAAAAAAACCAGAACCUUUGGAGAAGCCAAAGAAACAAGCAAUCAUCGAUGUGAUUGCUCCGAAGAUCAGGGAGGGUGAAAAGGACACUCUUUUAAAAGAUAUAAAGGAAAAGAGUUUGGAGGGGGUGAAUGUAGGAGGAAAGAAGAAAGAAGCGCCAGUAGCAGCUGAACCUAUAGCCAAGUUGAAGGAGAAGAUUCUGCAUAAGCAGCAAGGCAGUGCCGAAGAUGUUGCAGGUGUUCCAACGCCACAGCAGAAGAAACGGAAGCGCGUGGAUUUCACGGCUUCAUCGCUGGAAAGGAACUUCAUAACGCCGGUACGUGCAAUGUCUGAUUUUCUUCUGAAGCCGUCGGACCUGGAAACCCUUCCGAAGACGAAGCGUCGGUCGCCGUACGAGGCCGAGCCUCCUAUCACGGUGUACUGGAGACGUGACGUCGAAGCCAAGGCGCUGCAGGUCUGGGGCUCACGCGAGAACCUCAUCAAGGAGUGCAUCAAGCGCGAUAUCGAGCGCAAGAAGUACCAGCAAAAUAUUUUCACGGUGAAGCGUCGCCUCCGGGAUUACAGGCGAGAGAUGGGCAAGUCCGUGGAAGCGGCCGACGUCGAGUCGGGCUUGAUGGGACGUUCGGGGAAGGUCGUGCUUAUGGCCGUUGGAAUCAACUCUAUGAACUUCUUGUUCAAAUUGGGCGCCUGGAUUCUCACCGGCUCUCAUUCCAUGUUCUCCGAGUGCAUUCAUUCCUUGGCCGAUACCAUCAACCAGUUGAUAUUGGCUUAUGGCAUUCACAAAUCCGUGCAGAUUGCGGACUCGAAUCAUCCGUACGGAUAUACGAACAUGAAGUACGUGGCUUCGCUGAUAUCUGGAGUGGGUAUCUUCUGCGUGGGUACCGGUUUGUCUAUAUACCAUGGCAUCUCCGGUUUGAUCGAUCCUCAGCCUAUCGAGGACCUCUUCUGGGGGUAUUUCGUGCUCGGUGGAUCGUUGAUAUCCGAGGGAGCCACGUGGUAUGUGGCCUUCAUGUCGGUGCGAAAGGGGGCACAAGAGAACAACAUGUCCAUCAAGGAUUACAUUUUCAGGGGUCAGGAUCCGAGUGUGAAUGUGGUGCUGUUGGAGGACGCGGCCGCCGUGAUCGGCGUAACCGUGGCCGCUACCUGCAUGGGUAUAUCCUCGCUGCUGAACAGUCCCAUUCCUGAUGCUAUGGGUUCGAUCCUGGUGGGCGGUAUCCUUGGCACCGUUGCCUCCUUCAUCAUCUACACGAAUGUCGCCGCUCUGGUAGGCAGAUCCAUUCCGCAAGAGAACCUGGACAAGAUCAAUAGCGAGCUCGAAUCCGACGUGAUGAUCCGUGCCAUUCACGAUGUGAAGGGCAUCGACAUGGGCAACUACCUGGUGCGAUACAAGGCCGAGAUGGACUUUGACGGCAGGGAACUCACUAGGGCUUAUCUGGACAAGGAAGAUUUGAACAACCUGUUGGAGGAGGUGAGGAAGUUUGAAAACAUCGAUCAACUGGAGGAGUUUAUGCUAAAACACGGCGAGGCCAUCGUUGAUAUGCUUGGUGGAGAAAUCGAUAGGAUAGAGAUGAAACUGAGGAAGAAACAUCCGGAGAUAAGGCACUGUGAUUUGGAGAUUCUGUAGGUGCGAGGGUCGGGACCAAGGAAGCUUAGAGGGUUGGAGGCCUCGACGCGAAGGAUUCGAGAAUUGUUUAAUUUAUUUGAUCGGUAGACGCCUUUUCUUUUUAAUUGCUGUAAAUAUUCCUUUGUAAAUAAUUACUCUCAAGACCUAUGCAUCUCGGUUUUCUAACACACUCUUAUUAUCCGAAACCAAACACGAUUUUUAGAUUUUUA